AUGAACGGUCAGGAGCUAAGUUUCCAAGGAUUGAGGGUGGUGUUUUCGCAGGAAUUAGACUCAAAUUUGGUGCGGCUUCCGAAUAAAGUAUGCCAAUUACUUGAUCAAUCUAACAUACCGAUUCAAGAGUUUGGAAUCAGGAUCAAUUCUGAUGCUUAUGUCGGUUGGGAUGGUCAGAGUUCCAAAAAUUUCCAUGGGUCUGAUCACAUCUUAGAGAUGAAUGCUAUUUUAGCUGGUGAGUAUAGACUCCAGAUGGGCCAAUUGGUUGAUAUUUCGGUGAAAAGGUACGGGAAUGACACCUUUGUUAAUGAAGUAUACGUUGAACCCAAUACGUUUCAAGACUGGGAGAGAAUUGAUGCAAACUCAGCAUAUUUUCAGGAUCAGAUAUUGUAUCAAACAAGAUUAGUGAAGCAAAGAGCGAAAUUGUUAUGUUUCAUGCAAAACCUUGUAUGCAAAUUCACCAUCAACAGCAUUUCCCCACAGGACAUAGAAGUUGGAAGAUUGACAAACGAUACACUGGUUAUAGUUUCUCCCAAGGUUAAAGAGGAAAACUUUGACAAUGAAACGCUAGUUAUCAAUGGCUCGGAACGUGUUGUAAAGAGGACCCUUCUGGGUGAAGAGUUAAUUGGUUUCACAAUAGCAUUAAAGGGUCCUCAACAUGAUUAUUCUUUGGUGAGUCUUGUCCAGAAUCCCAUUGAAGGCCUGAAGGAAAAAGAAGGAAUCGAUGGAGUGCAACCUGAUGAGAUAUGUUGCAGAGUAAUUCAAGACAGUUCUUUGGCCGACGAUGACGUUAAAGUGAGUGAACUGUUGAGGCAUGUUCUAAAAUUAUCUCCGACAAAUGGUUACAAAAUCAAGAUAACUUAUGUUAAGAUUCCCGAAGUAGCGUUCAAAGUUAUCAUACAUCCGAACUCUGAGGUUUCUGCGGAACUUGAACAUUAUAUUGAGAAAUUGAGACUCCUUAAAGUUUUGACCAAUGGUCUCAUCGUUCCUGGUGGGCAUCCAUUCUCCUUGGAUUUUAAGAAUUUGGGGAAGGGUAAAAAAGUACCGUUUGGCUUGGUUCCAAAUGAGAAGCUCAUUGAAUUGGGAGAGUCCAAAGACCUAUCGUUCACAGCUCAGAAAGUUCUAAGCAAACCGGCCCAAAUUGUGGGGAUUACUGAAAUGUACCAUGAGAUUAUCAACGCUGUUAAGAGUCCGUUAGCAAUGUCCAAUUCGUUCCUUAUUCAGGGUGGAGCAGGGAUGGGUAAGUCCAUAAUAUUAGAAAAUCUCAGACAUGAUCUAAUAAAUUCGGGGUAUCAUGUAAACUAUAUCAAUUGUGAUUCAAUCCCAGACUCUACAAAUCUAGCAAAAACUAAACAAUACAUCUCUGAACUAUUGCACAUUGCAUACUGGCAUGCGCCUUCCAUUAUCUUGUUAGAUAAUGCGGACUCGCUAUUUUCUGCGAUUAAGACAUCAGAGGAACAACCUUCAUCGAGCAACUUCUACUCACAGCCAUCGACCAAGUUAACGCAAAUCAUGAUGAAUGAAGCUGAACAAAUCAUGAAUAAGAACCCCGACUGCAUUAAGAUUGUCAUGACUGCAAAAUCAUCAGAAAGUUUAAACAAAAUUUUCUCUCAAAAGCAGUUCAUUGGAGACAUAUGGACUUUGAAGCCACCUACCAGAUACCAGAGAAACGACAUUUUGAAUCAACUGCUACAGGAAAAGGACAUCGACUUAAAAUCAGAUUUGAACAUUGCAGAUAUCUCAAUAGAAACGGAGGGUUACUCGCCAGCUGAUCUCAGGUUAGUAGUGGACAGGUUCUUCUAUGAACUAUUGACUUCAAGUGACACGUCGUUAACUUUGACCAGAGAGUUGAUGGAAUCAUGCCUUACUGGAUUUACACCAGCAUCAUUACGCUCAGUGAAAUUACAAAAGAGUACAGGUGUGAAAUGGUCUGAUAUUGGUGGACUCACCAACGCGAAAAGACUACUAUUAGAGACUUUAGAAUGGCCCACGAAAUACGCACCGAUUUUUGCCAGUUCCCCACUAAGGUUGAGGUCAGGUAUACUGUUGUACGGGUACCCCGGCUGUGGUAAGACAAUGUUGGCCAGUGCAGUGGCCCAACAGUGCGGGCUAAAUUUCAUCAGCGUCAAGGGUCCAGAAAUCUUGAACAAGUACAUCGGUGCAUCAGAACAAAGCGUACGAGAUCUUUUUGAUAGAGCUCAGGCUGCGAAACCGUGUAUCCUCUUUUUUGAUGAGUUCGAUUCCAUUGCACCAAAGAGAGGUCACGACUCUACCGGGGUUACUGACCGUGUGGUGAACCAAAUGUUGACCCAAAUGGACGGUGCUGAGGGGCUCGAUGGAGUGUACGUGCUAGCGGCCACUAGCAGACCGGACCUUAUCGAUUCUGCAUUGCUAAGACCGGGCCGUCUAGACAAGAGUGUGAUAUGUGACAUCCCAGAUGUCACAGAAAGAGAGGAUAUAUUACGCGCUGUAACGUUGAAGAUGGACACGGAGGAUGAUUUGGAUCUACAUGAGAUAGCAAUAAGAACUGAAGGGUUCACCGGUGCUGAUUUGCAAGGUAUGAGUUACAAUGCAUAUUUGAAAGCAGUACACAGGUCUUUAGACGCGGAAACACAAGAGGAUCGCCAGCCUUCAGCCAUGCAAGAACAACAACAACAACAACAACAACAACAACAACAACAACAACAACAACAACAACUAGACUACAUCUCACUAGGCGAUAAACCCGUUACCAAGGAAACUAUGGACAGAAUCACAGAACUACUCGAAAACGCUACGACGUUGAAUGGCAAUUCCAAAUCGGUACAAUCCGUGAAACCAACCAUAUCCACGCACGACAUGCUCGACGCAUGUCAAGAAGCGAAACCCAGCAUUUCGACUCAUGAAUUACAAAAACUAAGCCAUAUAUACCAGAAAUUCAUCGGAGAUAGAGAGGGAAAGAUGCCCUCAGGAGAAGCCUCCCAAGAGGUCGGAGGAAGAACUACAUUGGCAUAG